UAUUUUCCGCGCCUCACGCCUCGCGCCUCGUUGCUUCUUAUCCUUUAUUUUUUUCCCCAACCCGUCGUCGGCUGCCGGCUGCGGCACUCUGGGAGGAAGGCCCCAAGCCCUUGCCGCCGGAGACGAACCGAAACGAUGGUGGGCGCCAAUGAAGUGGGCGGGCUGGAGUGCGAGCGGAAGCCGCUGGCGGAGGUGGUCGGCGACUGCGUCCAGCGCUGGUUCCAGGACGCGUACAAGGAGGCGCGCAAAGGCGACGUCGCCAACCAAGUGCUUGUAGCGCAGAUGUUCUUCUCGGGUUAUGGAACCCCCAAGAACGAGUAUAAGGGAAAACAAUGGAUGGAUAGGGCGUCAAGGUUCAGGUCUUCAGCUUUGAAGGUUGGCAUGAAACGUCCAGGAUACAAUGCAAGUGACUCGGACUCCGAUGAUGCAAAUGAUGAUGCCAACCAAUGACAGUCAGUUACAAAUUGAGUUAUUAUUAGUUAGGAGAUUCACAGGUCACGGCUGCAGGUAGCAGAAGACGCUGGAGGCAGGAAGGCCUUGAAUGCCGCAGUGCAUGUGAACGAAGAGCUUUCCUUUGCAAGUUACGUUUGGCUGCUGACGGGUGUGUGUCCGGAGGUCGCGGCUGACACCACACGCACGUCUGCUGGUCAGCUGCAGCUACAUCUAUGGGUCCAUAGACGAUCCCGCAAGUGGUUGAAAAGAAGGUACAUUGGAUCAAACUUGUUAUGACCAUCGAACCAUUGAAAGAAAAAACACUCUUGGUCCUAAACAAGUUGACGACAUGAACUUAAUAGCAAUUUAAUAACACAUAUCAAGAAACAAUGAAAUAGAAUAUUUGUAAAACAAUUAUUUACAUUAAAACAAUCGCAUGUGUAGAAGCAAAGUGCAUAUGUAUCUAAAUGACUUGGUAAAAACACCUGGGAUAUCUUACCACAAUCAUAAUUACAAUAUAGGUGGGCCACGAUGGACAAGUGUAUCCUUGCAAGAUACAUCUGGAUAUAAAUCUUUGAGAUAAUCCUAUUUUUGCUACUUAUCUCGCCUCGGUCCUGUGUCUAUUAAAACAAAGUGUUCUAAAAAAUAGUCUCUUUUCCUUAUAACACAAUCUAAACUUUUCAAAUUAAUGUAGAUAAAUAGCCUAAUCUAAAUAACUAAUAAAAAUAAACAUUAUAAACCAAAAAAAUAAAGCAUUUAGAAAACAGAUAAAUGAAGCCUACGGUUAAAGCUAAACAUAAUAACUAACAUUAUUAUAACCUAAUUGUAAAACACAUGCGCUGAUAUGUACACAUACAAAUUUAUGGUAGAUACUAAACGACUUGAGGGCGACCAUGCCUCUUCUCGACGGCGUUCCAACUACAUCCCUAGCACCCUCAUUGCAAGGGAUCACGGUGCUGGAGAGCGGCUAAUCCUUAGGCACUUCUUCAGGCCCAACCUUGUCUAUCCAUCCAACAUUUUCCGACGAAGGUAAUAAUUUGAACUAAAUAUUUAUAUUCACACACACCCUUUUAGUAUUGAUCCUAAUACAUUUUAUUUGUACGUAGGUUUAGGAUACGUUGUCACAUGUUCUUGCAGAUUAUGCAAUCAAUUCAACUGGUAGAUGACUACUUCACCUAGCGAGUUGAUGCUACUGGUUUAGCCAAUCUCGGUCCUUUCCAAAAAAAUGUGCCACAUUGUGAAUCCUUGCUUAUGGUCUACCAUCAUAUGUAGUGGACGAGUACAUCCAGAUAGGCAGGUUCACUGCUAGAGAAUGCCUCAUUCGAUUUAUCGUGCACUCAUAAUAGCCUUUAGUGCAUGGUACCUUAGGAUCUCAAAUGCUAACGAUAUUGCUCGUAUACUUCAUCAAAGUGAGGCACGUGGAUUCCUAGGCAUGCUAGGAUCAAUUAAUUGCAUGCACUGGGAAUGGAGGAAUUGCCUGAUAGUUUGGCGGGGGCAGUUUUGUUGUAGGAACUUGAGUCCUAGUAUGAUCCUAGAGGCUAUAGCCUUUUACGAUCUGUGGAUCCGACAUGCUUUCUUUAAGAUGUAUGGUACCAACAACGAUAUUAACAUUCUCCAAAUAUCCUCGGUCUUCAAUCCUUUAUGGAGGGGCAUUAUGCCACUGGUGGAGUACACCUUAAACGACACCUCUUAUAACAUGGGUUAUGAUCUUGUUGAUGGUAUCUAUCCAGAUUGGCUAAUAUUCGUUAAGGCAAUUAGGCACCCAUGGGAAGAGAAGAAAGUCUAUUUCACUUAAAUGCAAGAGAGUUGCAGGAAAGAUGUGGAGCGAGCUUUUGGGGUUUUACAUGCACGUUGUGUUGUUCUUCGGGAUCCUGCUUUUGGUUGGGCUCAGAAUCAUCUUGGAGAAAGAAUGACAGCUUGUAUCAUAACACACAACAUAUUUGUCGAGGACAAGGUCCCACGUGCAAGUAAUGUUGAGUUUGCCGCAAUUGGAGUGCACGUGGAUCUCUCAUCACAAUCCCUGAAGUUCGUACAGAGUGGCUAUGCUCCCACCACAACAUCACUAGUCUCAAAUGAUACAACCAACUUCAACAUGAUCUCAUCGAGCACUUAUGGACUUGGCGUGGAGCAAUUGGCGUAAAACCCAUGUGAAGUUAUGUCGUUUUCUAUGAUGUUGUCCUCUAUUUGUUCUGUGUUCCAUUAUGUUUGGUUCCCUCAACCUAUGUAUUUUAUUUCAUUAUGUCCAAGUCAUCAUUAUGCUUGUUCUAAUGUUUCUUUGUAAUGAACCAAUUAGUUAGCUAUGUGAACGAACUAUGCACUCUUUUUCUAUUAAUGUCACUACUGGAAACAACUUA